UUUUCACCUGCCCACGCAGGGUCGUUUGAUCAGGUUCUCGAGGAGGUUUGUGGGAAGCAGAACCUGGACCCCGGCGAGUUCGAUCUGAGGUUUCAGAGAUCAGUGCUAGAUCCUUCUCUACAGUGGAGAUUUGCCAAACUGCCCAACAAUGCCAAACUGGAGGUGGUGCCAAUCUCUCGUAACAGAGGAGGAACUGAAAGCAGAGUUCAGAUUGCAUUACAGUUGGACAGUGGUUCCCGGUUACAGGACACCUUUCACUCUGGCCAGACACUGUGGGAACUUCUCAGCCAUUUUACACAAACCAGGGAGUGUGUGGAGCAGCCCUGUGAAUUCUCCCCUACCUGUAUCUACAUGCGAGAUGAGAUCGCAGGGAAAGCUGCCCUGGAGAGGACAACACUGAAAUCACUUGGUCUGACUGGAGGCAAUGCCAUCAUCAGGGUUGUCAUGAAGAAAUGUGGCUCUUCUGGCCAAGAGGAGGCUGUGGACACAGUGGCCACAUUCAGCAAGCUCCCAGUGAGCCCAGUCUCCGCUGAAGGAGCAGUGGAUAAGCCAUUACCUCACACAACCAUGUUCUCAAAGGACUUGGCUCACAGCGAUGUGGCCCUUGCUUUAAACAAUUGUACGGACAAGCAGGAAUCCCAGGCCAGCUUGGGGGAGCCGUGUCCUCCCUCAGAUCCUGCGCCUGCCCCGGUGGGACCUUUCUUUGGAGAUGGCCAGCGUCUGGGGAGGGCCUCCGUAGCUGCAGAUGCUCCAGUGUCAGAUAUGCCAUCUUCCAAGCUGCCAACAUCUCUGUCCAGCCCUGGUGGCCCUUCUAAGCCAAAGAAAUCGAAGCCCAGCCAAGCUCAGAGAAAGGAGCAAGAGCAGCUUUUGGAGCGAGAGCCAGUUGUGUGCCAUCCAGACCUGGAAGAGCCACUGUCUGCUGGCCCACAGGACCUUCCUGAUGAGUUCUUUGAAGUUACGGUGGACGAUGUACGGAAACGCUUGGCCCAGCUACAGAGUGAGAGGAAACGUCUGGAAGAAGCUCCAUUGAUGACGAAAUCUUUGAGGGACACUCAGAUGAAGGAGAAAUUGGAGCGUUACCCAAAGGUCGUGCUGAGAGUCCAGUUUCCAGACCGUCAUGUUCUGCAAGGGUUCUUCCGCCCCACUGAAACUGUUGGCGUUUUGAGAGACUUUGUGAGAAGCCACCUGGCAGACACAGAGCUGCCAUUUUACCUGUUUGUUGCACCUCCCAGAACCAUCCUGAGUAAUGAAACUGAAACCCUCUUCCAGGCUAACCUCUUCCCAGCUUCUGUCAUUCACUUUGGAUCUGAGAAGCACAGAGAUUGUUAUUUGAGAUCAGAACUACUGGAGUCUACAGUGUCCCCUUCCACAGCUGACUUGCUAGUAGCUAGAGUCUUGUCCAAAUUGCUAGUCCCUUCUGCUCCCCCACCUUCAGAAACAGCUGUUGCACUCCCAGCUGGACCAGAGCAGACAGAUGAGUACCCAGAACCCGCAAAAGUCUCUGAAGCUUCACAGUCAGUGAGACAUACCCCUGAAAAAAUACCAAAGUGGCUGAAGCUGCCAGCUGGGAAGAGAUGAAACAUCCCAGGUGUUGGGCGUACAAGAUGACUUGGCUGGACUGAGAAGCAGCAGAAUCAGAUGCACUUCUUUCCAUUUGAACUGCUACACAGUUUAUAAUAAACCUUUGGUGAUCCCGAAGAGCUGAAUAACAUGAUUUAUUUCUUAGAAAAAUAAAACAGAAUAACUGUUUCAUGUUGCAAAUUCAACCUUGUUGGGAGCAAAGCCCCCUUGGUUGUAAAUGCCAUCUGCCCAGCAAUAGAAGUGAGGGCAGGAGGAGAAACGAAUGGUAUUCGGCAUGCAUGUAAUCUGAAAGGAACAGGUAGAGAGAGUUCUUAGCUUUGACUGCUGACUUUGCUUUAAUAGGUGUUUGACACUCAAGCCUUCUGAUUUCUGUCUUCAGAGGUUACUUGAAACAGUGGCUGUUCUGCCUGGAACAGACCAUGGUGCUGGAAUCAGCUGCACAAUUACAGACAGCUGGGCUGGUCCUUACUACAUAGAGUAGCAGUGGCUACUGCUGCUGGCAAUCCUGGAGGAGCUUUUUAGGUCAUUCUCAAUUUACUGAGUGGCUUUUGUUGGGAACUUCCUGGUUCAUUCUAAUUGUUUUCCAUUGGUGGAGUUUUGUUCAUGAAAAAUGCAGGUAUCUAUUAAUGGCAUAUGCCCUUGGACUAUGCCUGUGGACUGAACUCUGCAUUAUGUUAUGUUUCCAGUGAUACAUAAUUAACAAUUACUCCUUUAAUGGGAACAAAAUUCUAAUGAAAGGUCACUCCAUCUGCUGAUUUCUUUAGCUUUGAUGUUGCUUGCAGUGGAAGUGCUGUGUGUUUGCGGUCUGAAGACUGUAAGGAGGGGUUGCAGAGUUGGGAUGUGAGUUAAGGUUUAGAAAUGUGCCUACAAUAGAGAUGAGGUCUAUAGUGCUACAAUGUCCAGGCUACUGUAAUUUUAUUUGAAGAUUUUUUCAUAUUCCAGUAAUUCCAGUUGGUCAGUUACUGUGCCAUGGUAAUAAUUCUCACCAUUUGGUUUCUGCUUUUUCCUUGAACUGUGUGUGUGUCUGCACAAUUUGUAGAUGUAAUAAAGCAGAGUGGCCAUA